GAUUGUUCCUGCGAUGAGAUGAUGCCUUCAGGGCCCGUCUUUCGGCUGGGAGCACAUCUUGACUUAACGGUGACCACGCCCACACCGCCCAGAUACUCUCACCUCACUGUUAGAUAGUUCCUCCGCAAGACAAGACACGACACUUACUUUUACGCUUUUUAGCAAGAGCUUCACGUCAUCGUCCCAAAUGGCAAACGGAAAAGUGUCCGCUCUUCUCUCACUUGUUGGCGUCAUGCUGCUGUGGCCUUUUGCCCUGACGAAGAGCAUUUCAUCCAAACUCCAAACAGCAAACGGUGCCUUCAUGUCUGCAGAGCAGGAACAACAGCGCCCUCAUGUGGUGGUGAGACGCUCAACACAGAACUGUGACUCCUCUUUCGACCAUUACUGCAUGAACGGUGGUCAGUGCAUGCUUCUGGUGGAAGUCAAUGAGCAUCACUGCAAGUGUCACAGUGGUUUCUAUGGUCCCCGCUGCAGCAACCUGGAGCUGGUCUUUAAGCCAAUGGGAGAAAAGCAGAUUGUUUUCACCAUUUUCUGUGUGACUAUGCUGCUUGUUGCCCUGGCUGGAGCUCUGUACUUGUGCUGCAAGUGGUAUAAGAAGAAUAAAUGCAAUCCCAGGCAGAAGCGGCAAGGCUACAAAGGCGUGCAGACAAUGUAGUGAGACACCACGCUGGAAAAAUGACAACGACAAACAAGAACCCUUUUAUUGCUGUAUUUUUUUUUCAUUAUUAUUAUUAUUUAAACCUGGCACUUUAAUAUUUCUUGAGGUUUAGCUCGUAUUUAUUGAUAAUUGUCUGCAUUUUCUAAGCAGGAUGACUUUUAACUCAAAAGCCAUGAUUGUCAUUGUCAUUUUGUUUAGUCAGCGAGGAGUUGGAUAAUUUAUUGUAAAGGAUUGCCUCUGUGUAUACACUGGAAGUUCUGCUAUUGCCACAAAGAAAUAAAAGCAGUUUGUUGUUGAA